GGCAGCGGCAACAGCGGCGGCGGCGCCCGAGCGAGCCAGCGAGCGAGCGAGCCAGCGAGCGGCAUGAGCCCAGAUUAUUGAGAGACGGUGCCUGAACAGCCGAGAUGCAGAGCAUCAAAUGCGUGGUGGUGGGCGAUGGAGCCGUGGGCAAGACCUGCCUGCUGAUCUGCUACACGACCAACGCCUUCCCCAACGAGUACAUCCCCACGGUCUUCGACAACUACAGCGCCCAGAACACGGUGGACGGCAGGACUAUAAACCUUAACUUAUGGGACACGGCCGGCCAGGAGGAGUACGACCGCCUCCGGACACUUUCCUACCCCCAGACCAACGUCUUCAUCAUCUGCUUCUCCAUCGCCAGCCCACCUUCCUACGAGAACGUGAAGCACAAGUGGUACCCGGAGGUGUGUCACCACUGCCCUGAUGUGCCCAUCCUUCUAGUGGGCACCAAGAAGGACCUCCGGGCCAACCCAGAGGCCCUGAAGAAGCUGAAGGAUCAGAACCAGCUGCCCAUCACCACCCAGCAAGGGGUCAGCCUCUCCAAGCAGAUCCAUGCCGUCAAGUACAUGGAGUGCUCCGCUCUCAACCAGGAGGGCAUCAAGGACGUCUUCACGGAGGCCGUGAGAGCCGUCCUCAACCCGGCCCCGGCCAAGCCCAAAAAAACGUGUGUGCUCUUGUGAAGGACGCUUUCCAGCACUCUCCUCCCCAGCCCCCGCUGCAAACUGGUGAUCCCUUGGGUGGGCGAGUGGGCCUCCGGGGACUCCAGGGAGAGACGGGUGCCCGUCCCAGCCCACUGCCCCAACGGUAUGCAGGAACGGCAGGCCUCCUCCCGCCUGUUCUUCUCCGGACGAUCGUGCCAAGGAAGACUCUCUCCUCCUGGGCUAGCUGUGGCUCCAUCAUUUCUGCCCCAGCUUCUUUUCCCUUCAAAGGAAGGGUCAACUCAGGCCGUUAACAGUAUCAGCGUUGAGGAAGAAGAGCCGCUUUUGCACUCAGACACGCAUCGCCUGCCAGAGAUCAUCUCUCUUUGUUGCCGUGAGGCCAAAAACGCCGCCCGCCUCCCCAUUUGCUUGUCAGAAGCUCAUUUCUGCCCCCUCCUUCGAGGCAAACGGCUUCUGCUGCUGAGUGCUCUGCUGAGCCUUUGGGCAGUGCCAGGGGCUCCUAGAAACCGCCCGGCAGAAAGGACGUCCCGGUCGGGCACCAACAAGGUGCCAAGGUCAGCAAUCUGCUGCAACGUGCGCUCAGAUGCGAGCCUAAGCGCUCCCACAGCCAAUUGAUGGGGAGGGAGGGGGGACGACAGAGAACAAGGUGCAGAGGCAGAGCGGGAAAUUCCACCCCACGGCCAGAACUGAACUAACCCUCCUGCAGUUCCAGUUCAGAACUUGACAGGCGCCACCACUAGCAGCUGCCUUUGCCGGGCUGUUCGGUUCUCACCAGGGCAUCCCGAGAUGCCAUUGGGCCAGGGAUCCCCUUCCUGCCUUUCUCGGAGUCGAUCACUUUCAGCCGCUGCACCUGGAAUGCUUUCUUGCCUUAGGAAUCCGCCGUCUGCCAGCACAACCCGCCCCCAAAGCGAGAGUGAGGAUUUAAACCUGUGGGGCGGUUCUGCGCUUCCGUCUCCCAUUUCUUAAAGGACUGUUUGGACUUUCCAUCCCUGCCGGAGUUCCUCUCCCCGAGACAGGCUGUUUACAGGGCUGGAGGGGGCGGCCAGACUGGCAGCCUGUGGUCAGUUUCUCCCCACCCCACCC